UCGCGCGGUAUGUCAACCGUUUUCUCGAAAUGCCUCGGGAUACCGAGGAAAUCCUAACUGACAACGGGGCGGAAUUCCGAGGGGAAGUCUUGAGGAGUCUGGUCCUACACGGUGUCUCGAUUCGCAAUACUGCUCCCCAUAUGUCGCAAUCGAAUGGACUAGUAGAAAAUGCCAACCGGGUAAUCAAGACAGCGUUACAGCAAACCAACGAGAAAGCCGAAGAGGAGGAAGAAGAAGCAGCAGAGGAAGAGAUCGAGGAGGGUGACCAUCUUCAGUAUACGGAAGGAGAGGAGACGCCUGAAGAGGAAGAAUCAGAGGCUAAAUCGGACGAUCUCGAUUAUCGAGAAUCGGAGGAUGCCGAGUCGGAAGAAGCUAGCUCGGACCGGGAGGAGUCAGAGGAAGAGGAGGGUGGAUCGGGUGAGUCGAGUGGCCCUGACGAACUGAGCAGGGAAGAGAGAAAGGCCGUGGCGCAGAGGAAACGAGCAACAGCAGAAGGCAAGCGGCCGAUCGAAGAGGCAGGAGGGCCACCACCACAACUGCUGCAGGGCGAUCCGACUCUCAAUCCGAAAACCGCCACAAGAAGAGGCCGAGAGAAAUGGGGGCGCCACGGCAGAGGGAUCGGGAAGGCGGUGCCUCCGAAGAAGUGAAUCCCCGGCCCAGUCCUCUCCCCGGCCCAGCCUUCGCCUACGUCGAGAUGCGGGCGCUUGGGGUUUGUCCCCGAUCAUUAUCCCGUCG